CAACCGCACCCCGGGCACUGCCGUGACCCCGCCCGCGAGCACAGCUUCGGAGGGGAGAGCGGCGAGCCGCUUGGCCAGCCCGAGCUGAAGUGGGGGGCCGGAGAGCCACAUCGGCCUGGGCAGUGGGGUGAUGGGGCGUACGGCCCGCGGACUGCUCCCCCGCCGCCAUGAUGCUGCUGAGCAGGAAGCCGGAGGGUCCUCUCGCUGCAGGUUUGGAGAUGGCUUGUACGAUUCCUACAUGAGAAUAGAUCAAAUGAGGUAUUCAGAUCCAACAAAUGAAGACUGCAGCCCUUCUGGACUUCCUUCACUAGGGAGAUCUAAUGUGACUGCUAACAAGGGCACAAUGAAGGAUUAUCCUUUGACUGGGAGCCAAGUCAAAGUUGAGCAGUUGUUUGAAGACUCCGGCAAUCGAAGGAGUAGUACUCUCCAGUCAUCUGGAAUAAAUGGCUCUGAGAGGUCCUUUCCUACUCCAGCAAAAGAGAAAAGCUUAGACAACAUCAGCACCACCAAAACUAGCGGCAGCUCAUCAAAAGCACAGAAAACUGGAGGUCAGUCUGCAGAUCAAGCAUUAAAGCAACACAAACAGCAGUUAACAGCCUAUGAGCAGCAAGAAAUAUUUAACUUUUCUGAAAUUUAUUUUGUGGGUCCAAAUGCAAAGAAAAGGCAAGGAGUCAUUGGUGGCCCCAACAAUGGUGGAUAUGACGAUGAGCAAGGCAGCUAUAUUCAUGUGCCUCAUGACCAUCUUGCCUACCGAUACGAAGUACUUAAAAUAAUUGGAAAAGGCAGUUUUGGCCAAGUAGCUAAAGUGUAUGACCACAAGCACCACCAGCAUUUGGCCUUGAAAAUGGUACGCAACGAGAAGCGGUUUCAUCGCCAAGCAGCAGAAGAAAUUAGGAUUUUGGAGCAUCUCAAAAAACAGGAUAAAACUGGCAGCAUGAAUGUUAUCCACAUGCUGGAGAGUUUCACCUUUCGGAAUCACAUAUGCAUGACUUUUGAGCUCCUGAGCAUGAACCUGUAUGAGCUGAUUAAAAGAAACAAGUUUCAAGGCUUCAGCGUGUCGCUUGUGCGUAAAUUUGCCCACUCUAUACUGCUGUGUUUGGAGGCUCUUUAUAAAAACAAAAUCAUACACUGUGAUCUGAAGCCUGAGAAUAUUCUGUUAAAGCAGCAGGGACGGAGUGGAAUCAAAGUGAUUGAUUUUGGGUCCAGCUGUUUUGAGCACCAAAGAGUCUAUACUUAUAUCCAGUCUCGAUUCUACAGAGCCCCUGAAGUCAUUCUGGGAAGCCGUUAUGGAAUGCCCAUAGACAUGUGGAGCUUUGGCUGUAUUCUGGUUGAACUGUUGACUGGUUACCCUCUUUUUCCCGGAGAAGAUGAGGGUGACCAGCUAGCUUGCAUGAUGGAGCUCCUUGGAAUGCCACCACAGAAGCUUCUGGAUGCAUCCAAACGAGCCAAAAACUUCAUCAACUCAAAAGGUCAUCCUCGUUAUUGCACACUAACAACCCAGUCAGAUGGAAAAAUGACCCUGAGCGGUAGCAGAUCACGUAGGGGGAAAAUGCGUGGUGCUCCUGGCAACAAGGACUGGGUCACAGCACUAAAAGGCUGUGAUGAUGCUUUGUUUAUAGAAUUCUUAAAGGAAUGUCUUAACUGGGAUCCUUCUGCUCGAAUGACUCCUACCCAAGCUUUGAGACAUCCUUGGAUUUGCAAACGAGUACCUAAGCCACCCAGUGUGGAUAAAACAUCAGGCAAACGGAUUACUCAUUAUACAAGCUCUUUCCCAGGCAUAGGUUCCAGAUUACCCCCCGUUGUUGGGGUGGCCAGCAAGCUGAGAGCUAAUCUAAUGUCUGACUCAAAUGCCAGUAUACCUCUAUGUACUGUGCUACCAAAAUUGGUCAGCUAAUAGAGAAUUAUUGUAUUCCCAGAGUACAUACCCUGUGUUUUUAAUGAUCUCUUUGAAACCUGUAAGAUGACUAAAUGUAGAUGUCUUUUUAAAAAGAAAGAAAUAUUGAAUUUUUAUUGAACAGUAAAAUCUUGUAUAAAAAGAUGAAUCCAAACAUAAGCAUUUUAAGGGCUAUGAUUUAUCAAGUUUCAGCUGGAACGUGGUGCUUGUUACAUCACUUUUGAUAGGUCAGCACAUUUGUUUGUUCAAUGAGGUUAUGGGCUGUUGAACAGAUGGAUUUUAUAGUGCCAUUGUAAUAAAACUCAAAAACCUCUUGUCAAAAGAGCAGUCUCACUUAGCAGAUGAUUUAUUGAAAAACAGUGUGAGGAUAUUUAAAUUGUUCAUUUCAUUAAUCCACAAAUGAAUAUAUUUUACAAAUCGUACAUUUUUGCUAUGGAGAUACCAGUGUUUAAACUCUGUGUUUAAUGCACUUGGUUCUCUUUCCUGAUCCCACCAGCCUAAAUUUAUUGAAUUCACAGCUUGGCUUUAGUUUUUGAAGGUAGAAAUGUCUCCAGAAAGAUUUUCAGAGUAAGUUGCUUUAAGUUAUAGUGAAUGACGUCAUCACUGCUGGGCAAGUGCAAUUUUCAGUGCUCAACAUUAAAACUAAUGGUUUGAGGCUAGAAACACCAAGCAUUUAAUGUGAAAGAUGACAGUGUUCUAUUGUCCUUGGACAAUUCACUAACAUCCAGAUGGGUGUUUCAAAAAUUUUGUGCAGUAAACAUAUAAUGAUGUACAGCAGUGUCUGAAACCCAGAAAACUAGAUUAAGUACUUGAUGGUAAAGUAUAUGCAAGCUUGCUUUGGUGCUUACAAAACUUUUUUUUUUUUUUUGGUUAAGCCUUGUAGCAAUUUUACCUAUACUUGAGGCAUCUUAUAUGGGCAGGUGCAUCAAUUUAAUCUGAGCCAAGCUUCUUCCCACGAGGAAAUUCUGGCACUAAUGACUUGAUUUUCAAGACAUCAGUCCUGGCCAAACCAUGAAGUCUAACUAAAACUUUGAAUCUGUUUUCUGUGUUUGACUAUUCUAGGGUGAACCACUCCCCAUUGAGCAAAUUCACUUUUCACUGUGAUGGAUGCUGCAAUACUGUACUAUAAACAGAAUAUCCCUCCCUUUUCCCCCAAGUCCAUAAGUAACUGAUGUGGCGAUGGCUUUAUCUGCAGCUAUAACAUUCACUCAAAACUGCAUUUGAGUGAGUGAAUUUUUUACCCAGAUACUUACACACCAGUGCUGCUGCAUAUACUUGUGUCACUAUUGCACUUUGAUCCUAAGAAUACUCAUAUUUCAGUGGCACUUGUAAUAUGGAGUGUUGGUAAUGGCCCUUUUGACUAGGCUAGCAUUGGGAGUCUUGGGUGUUUGGGCCUGAAUUUUUUAUGGUAUGCCACAAUUAUUCCAUACAUUGGUGACCAUAGAACUAUAUAAAAGUUCUAUACAAACUGCCAUGAUUCAAAUGAAUCAUUCUACCUUCUCAGUCAUGUGGGCUGUAAUAUGGUCCCCUUAUGAAAUUGAAUUUUUAAUGUGCAAAUAUAACUAGUGGUAAGGUGCAUCUGUGACAUUUAAAUUGUCAUAUUAUAGAUUCACUAAAGUGUUGAAACCUUUCAGUUGGUUUAUGGUUAAAAGACCAUUGCUCUGUCAGUCCUUUGCAGUGGAGACUGUGUAGAGAAGGGAACUUCUAUGAAAUAAAGACAUCUCAAGUCCCUUGAAGAAGGUGUGUGUCCCUUGGUGAUGUUUAAUAGAUAGGACUGUGUUCAGGAGGAUUUAAUUAAUUCACUGGGGGAAAAUAUUUUGAUUUAAUGUUGUGUUUCCAGGGGUGAUGGUAAACUAAAGGUCUCUCGGUAAACUAAAGGUCUCUCAAGUUAACCAGUGAAGAGGGAUGGAACAUUUUAUAAUGGACUGUUUCAAAAAAUGAAUCACAAGUUCAUAUAGCACCAGUCACACUGGGCAAGUGAAUGGUGGACUCUGAAGCGAGCAUGCCAAAAUCAGUAGAUUAACAGUUAUCAGUCCCUUUUAUUCUUAAGAAUUUAAUAAUGUAAGGGAAGUGUGUACUAUUGAGCUGUCAUAACUUAAAACAUUAACAAAUAUCCCAAUAAAAUAAUUUCCAAGUAACCUGAAUUUGUUUGAAUAUGACAAAUAAACUGCAUGCAAUAGGCUUCACUGAAUGUCUUAAUCAAAUAUUUCAGUCAAAAUAUUUUUGGCUACUGGAAAAGUUAUACAGUACAAUAUGACAUGGAAUCUCCUGUUUACUAAAUAUGCUAAAUCUUGACAUAAAUAAUCAGUUUAAAGUUUACAGUUUCAAAAUUUGGGAAACCCACCUGACUUUUUAACAGGUCAACUGAUAGUGAUUGCAGAACCAGUCAAAUUUAAGGUAAACAACUUGCUUAUAGGAAGAAUCUGGGUAAAUUUGUUUUUUCUAUGCAGUGUUCUUCAGUGACAGUUGCUGCAACUUUAUGAUGGUUCAUCAUAAAGAAUUCUCAGUGAUGAUUAUCUUCCACUUUCAUUCUUCAUAUCCAUAAACCUAUAAAAUCUGUAUUGAUUCCCAAGUCACUACAUUGUGUGUUAAAAUAAUGGUCACUAAAUCAAAUAUUAAUUUACUGCACGAUGCAGUAAAUAAAAACGAACCCAGUACAUCUGAUCUUGCUUUAAAAGUAGUCACAGUUUUCACUUGCAGCUGAUUAGACCAUGUUUCUUGUAUAUAUUUGUGCAGUGUGGUUUAGAUGCUCAUUUUAAGGUCUGUACAUUGUUCUUCCUAUCUUUAGUACUUGACAUAGCAAAAUAAGCAGUAGUAUAUUGGUGUUAGUGCAGUCAUAGCUCAGUAUAACUGUCUCCUUGUUAUUCUUUUGACUCUUUACAGCCUUCUUGACUCAACCUUAGACUAUUACAUUUUUCCAAGCCAUCUACAAGCUGUCUAAAGAGAAAUUCUGUGGUGGUAAUAGUUGGGUAUAUCUGUUAAUGUCUUGUAUGGGUAACAGUGGGUGGCUCAUUUUCAUGUUUUAAAUUUCCAGGUGUGAAAUCCAGACCCCUUGGAAAACUGGAGCAAACUCCUUAAAUAAAGCCCUUAUCAGACUUUA